AUGCGUCUUCUUUUGUGUAUCCUGAUUUUACAUUUCCUGGUGGAAGCUUGUCAUGCUGACGAUACAACUUCUACAUCAUCGACGACACCAACACCAAACAAUACAACAACUGCAACAGGAUCACUGACAUCAAGCACUCUACUAACAUCAUCUUCAGAAGUACCCAAAACAAAUUCAACAACAGGAUCAACGACAACAACAUCUUCAUCAACUUCAACAACAACAACGGUAUCACCGCCAACAACAUCAGAAAACGAAACUACAGAAAAUAGAACAACAGAAGGAUCUAACCAAACAACAGACAACUCAUCCGUCGCUCAAACAUCAACGGCAGACACGACAACAUUGACAACAGACUCGUCAUCAACAAUAUCGUCAUCAACAAUAUUGUCAUCAACAACAACAGUGUCAACGACAAACCAAGAAACUUCGGGAGCAAAAGCCGACUCACAAACGGCGGCAACCCCAACCACAACAGGAAAGCCGUUGUUGGAGAAGCAGACGGCAGUUGCCGUGGCAACCGUUGCGGUUAUUGUAAUAGCUGUGAUAUUUAUAGUAAUCGCUGCUCUGUCCAGCCGACUGGACCGACCCAGCAAAAAACUGGAAGGACGAAAAUUUACCUUAAAGGCAACAGGUGGGAAUGGUGAAUAA